CGUGGCGAGUCCCGUUAGUCUCCUGGCUGACCUUCAGGGCUUCGUGGCGAGUUCCGUAGGUCUCCUGGCUGACCUCUAGGACUUCAUAGUGAGGCCCGUUGGUCUUCGACAAGGCUCAGGAGGGCAGCCAGGAUGGGACACAUCCCCAAGGUUCCCGCUCUUCCUCCAGCAUCUACCAAGGUAGUUGCUCCGCUGCCAGCACCCCCCAAGGUUCCCGCUCUGCCUCCAGCGUCCCCCAAGGUUCCCACUCUACCUCCAGCGUCCACCAAUGUUUCUUGCUCCGCUCCCAGCGUACCCCAAGGUACUUGCUCCGCUGCCAGUGUCCCCCAAGGUUUCUACUCUGCCGCUGGCAUCCUCUUAGGACCUUCCGAGACUCAUAGCAUGUCCUGUCGGUCUCCUGGCUUACCUCCAGGACUUCAUAGCGAAGCUCUUUGGUUUCGGGGCUGGCCUCCAGGGAUUCCUAGCAAGUACCGAUGGUCUCCUGGCUGACCUCAAGGGCUUCCUAGCGAGUCCCAUUGGUCUCUUGGCUGAACUUCAGGGCUUCCUAGCGAGUCCCGUUUGUCUCCUGGCUGACCUCCAGGGCUUCCUAGCCAAUCCCGUUGGUCUCCUGGCUGACCUUCUGGGCUUCCUAGCGAGUACUGUUGGUCUCCUGGCUGACCUCUAGGGCUUCCUAGCGAGUGCAGUUGGUCUCCUGGCUGACCUCCAGGGGUUCAUAGCGAAGCUCUUUGGUUUCCGGGCUGGCGUCUAGGGAUUCCUAGCGAAUCCCGUUGGUCUCCUGGCUGACCUCCUGGGCUUCCUAGCGAGUCCC